GGAAAGGAUGGCUGCCGUGCGGGCCAGGCGCUAAGGCUCCGCCAGUCACGGGCCUGGAAGCCACUGCGCAUCGCCAGCCCGGCGCGUAGAGAAACGGCAACGGCUCUUGCUCGUCCUCUCAGAUCUCUUCAUUCACCCUCUGGCUCCUGUUCUCUGCGUGAUUUCUGCCCCGGCGCCAAUUCAUUGGACAACCCGGGACGGGAGCACCGUGUUGACCUCUGGACUACUGCAAGGUGAUCACUCUUCAUCACUCCGUCCAGCCAUCCUGCUGGCCACUCCUCCAGUCACCUAGAAGAACGAUGCUGCUGCGUUUCACUAUCCCUGCAGGUCAGGAUCAAGCCCUCUCAAGCUCUGACCCCCGAUUCGGUCAGGCAGGAUUUCGUUCGCACGAUCAUGUUUCACCUCCCCGCCAACCUGUCGGUCAAGGGGCUGCCAGACUCGCUCUGCCAUGUACAUAUACCGCAGAUGACCCUAGGGCCCCUCCCUCACCCUGCCUCCUGAUUUCUCUCCGAAUGCGUGGACUGUGUCACUGUGUGAUACUCUUUCCUUUCCCUUUGUGCACCCUUCUCCAUCUUGCACAGGCGUUGGAUGAACCUUCCAAAGCCCUGUGUAUCCCCAUUUCUGCUGGCAACUUGGCGUUUCACUUCUCUUAAAUUCCCGGGUUCUCUCCCUCACUAAUUUCAAUCAUGGUAAGAAUA